AUGAAAAUCCCCGCCCUCGUCGUCGCCGUCGCGGGCGCGUUUCUCGCGCUCAACGCCACCGGCUCCAACGCGCGCAAAUUCGCGAAAGCGGCGAGCAAACUCACCCAAGUCUCGGUGAUCAAAACCGACAUCCUAAAGUUUCAUCAUCUCAAAAACCCGAAAGCCGUCUCGCUCGAGGAGAAGAGCCUGAUCGACGCGUGGUUGUACGCCCAGCGAGACGAGGUGAACAUGUUCGGCGACGCGCGCGGGACGAAGUACGAGCACGGGACGCCGCUGAAGAACGAGGACGGGACGAAGCGAAACGACAAGUACGCGUACGUCAAGUGGCGACGAAGCGACGCGCCGUGGAUGGCGCGAUUCCCGAAACACUGGGGCAAGGAACCGGCACAGCAGACGAGAGAUUACGUGAAAUUACCGGGCGCGUACGGAUUCGGGAGCGGGACGCUGAAACGGUGGAUUGAAGAGAAAAUGGCGGAGGACGAGGCGGCGGCGGCGAAGGAAGCGGCGGCGGCGUCGCCGCGGAGAGACGCGGAGAAGACGUCGGAGACGACGCGCGAGGAGGUCGUCGAGGCCACAUCGGCCGAGGCGGCGACCGAAGGCGCGGUGGAGACGACCGCGGGGGAAGGCGCGUGA